GUCGGUCCGCCAUGUUUACCACGCGUUAGACUCAUGAGAAUUACCGCCAAUUCUCUGGUGAUCAACGGUGAUCGAGUACGCGCGUCCCCUCCCCCCCCUUUCUCCGCCCCGUUACGGUCGUCGCUGUUUGUUGCGCGAUUAGCGAAAACAACGGACGUCGCCGGGCUGGUGUGCGCGGUCGAGAAUCUCUCGGAUCUCUCCCCUUGCGAUCGUGGCCCCGGCAUCCGGACGGCCCCGAGAGGCGGCUGCUACUCUGCUACCCACAACCCUGCUGAUUUAAUGAUCGACACGCUCUCGGCACGUCGCGAUGCCCGGCCAAUACUGCUUCGUGUGUGCGAGCGACGAGGGUCUCUUCCUGGACGUCACGUUGGACAACCGCAGCACGUUCGGCUGUCAGAUCGAGGCCUGUCUGUCCGCAAAGAUUAACGAGAGCAUCAAACUGUCAAACAAGAUAUGUUACAAGUGCGCGUACGAGUUAGAUCAGUGCACCAAAUUUGUAAAAAAGUACAAGAAGUCCCACGAGGUGACGAAGCCGCAAGCCAACACGUCGUCAGUGCCAUGCUGCUUCCUGUGCUAUGAAUCAGUGGACAGUGACCGUAUCUUCGAUAUUACCAAGGACAAUAGCGUGAUAUUUAAUCCCUUACGGAAGAUCCGCAACAUUUUCAAUGACGGUAUCGACAAGAAGAAUGGUGAGUCAAAGUUAAUAUGUCUAACAUGUCGAUAUAACUUGGACGUUUUGUACGAUUUAAAAAGGAUAUAUCAGGAAACUGUCAUCAAUUUAAGGGCUCUGAUUGAUGAAGAGAUCAGCUACUCGGAUUUCCCAAAGGUACACACAGAAGUUGUAAAUCGCAAAACGACCGUUACCACGUUUCCAGAUAUUACAUUUUACGGCACGGUAAAUUCUGACAGCGACAGUAACGAGCAGAACAUGGGACGACGCGGUAAGCAGGACGCCAAGAAGCGCGGCAGGCCGCGCGGUAGUGUGCAAUCUAAAUCCCGAGGCAGCAAGACGAAAGUCAGGAAUUGCGACGAGUGUCAUAAUACGGUUGCGACUGGUAUCGACAUGUACAGAUUUUAUCACACGGGACUGACUGUGUGCAAAAACUGUUGGAUCACGAUGGAUCCGAGUGGUACCAAGCCGCAGCGACGAUCGCGUCAGGUGGCGCAACCCAAUUUGGAAACGAAAUUGUGCGCAGUUUUCUUGAAGGAUGUGCUGAGCCAGGAAUUGUACAAGAAAAAGGAGACGCACGAGAUGGAGAAGAGCAAGGACGAUAACACAUUGGACGACAAUUCUCAGGAAAAGGUGAAAUCCCCCGAGAGUAAUCCUGUUCCCGAGAGUGUCUCGCCUAAAACGAGAAAUCACGUAGUCAACGGUAAGGAGAGACAAGCGGUAAAACGGAAAAUCGACACGUCAGAUCAGAAGUCCAAGAGCGACGUCGAGCGUACGCCGUCGAAGGUGACGAGAUUGCGUAAGGAACGCGCGAACUCGAACGAGAUGAAAUCGACGAAGGCGUUGGACGACGAGCCGCAGUCCGUCGGUUACGUGACAAGGAAAGGACGUAAAAGAAUACUCGACGAGAGGAGCACGGAUUCCGACAGUUCUCCGAAGCGAAGGGAGACACCUAGAGUGAAAUUGAACGAUCGUGUAAAUAAGCCAAAUAGAAAGAAACAGAAAUCCAAUGUUGAGGAUCCUACUACCUCAAACGCGCGUUCAGACGCGUCUAGCGACGAUACGUCCAACGAAGACGGCAUGGCGUUACGAAACAGGACGAGAAGUGCGACGAGUACGUCGACUGUGUCCACGAGGAAAGAAGAGAGGAGCAUCCGCAGUAGGACGAGAUCGUCGUCUAUAUCCAGCACGGAAACGACGUCGACGGAAUUCAAGAGCCCGAAGUCUCGAACGCAGAGGGAAGUCUCGGAGGUCAAGACGGAGUACGUUUGCGACAAAUGCAACAAGAAGUUCGACACCAAGUUGUCCAACGCGAAACACAGACUGACGCAUCUCAAGCAAGCUGCGAUAAAGCUAGAAAAGUUGAACGUUUCGAGCGUUAAGGAGAAGCCGGAGAUGGAACUCGAUUCGCAGGAUGAGAAGACCCCCGAAGAAGCGACCACCCCGUCGCGUCCGCGUAGAACUGUGUCCGUCGACAAACGUACCGACGAUCCGUCGGAGGAUGUCUCGAUCAAUGUCGAGGACUCCGACGACGAGGAGAUCUUCAGCGUAUCCAGUAAAAAGAAUGCAAAGAAAAAGACAGUGGAAGAGGUGAGUGAUAAAGGCGGUGACGCGACCGACAAGCCGGACGUAGCGAAGAGCGAGUCGCGUAUAGAAGAAGAAUCGGCGAAUGAUGAAAACGCCAAAAUAACAGAGUCUGAAGAAUAUGAAAAAUCGACGGUCGUGCCGGACGAAACGGCCGUGCCGGACAAGCCGAUAGAGAUAGAGGAUGAAACAGCCGCGCCGAAUGAACCAAUAGAGAUAGAGGAUGAAACAGCCGCGCCGGACAAACCGAUAGAGAUAGAGGACGAAACGAAAGCGGUCGCGCCAGACGAGACGUUAGAGAUAGAGGAUGAUGAGGACGAGCAGGGUAAAGAUACAAAGAACGAACCUACGACGGAGAACAAGAAGAAGACAUCGACAAACGGAGACAGCGACAAAUCUGAAAAUGAGGAUGCGCAAGAAACCGUUGUUUCCGUACUGGAGAAUAAAAACGUGAACGAGGAGAAAGACAAGAAUGUAAACACAGAGAACGACACGAGAGUUUCUCCUACAGAAAAAGAAAAUACUAUUAGUGAAUGUAAUAACGACAAAGAUGAUAACGAUAAAGAUGAAACGAUAAAUCUUUAUGACGAGGCAAUGCUCGAUGAUGAAACGAAUAGGUCCUCGCCAAUUUUAUCAACUCGUAAUACCAAGAAUAAAAAAGAUCAUAGAGCUAGUAAAAAUAAUUUAGAAAAUAACUGCACAGAUAAAGAUGAGAUAACAGACGAACCAGAAGUACAAUGCGAUUUAACGGAUGAGUCCUCGAAGAUGGAUACAAAAGAGUCGGAGGAAAAUGUCCAACAAAUUCUGCCAAUUGACGAAACAGAAAUAUUUAGUCACAAAAAUGAUUUGGAUGACCUAAUAAUUCAAAAUGAAGACAACAUUGAGGAAUUCGAGAAACGGCAAAGUAAGUUCUAUGAAGACGAAGACAAUACGGAAAUCGAAACGAUGGUAGAUUGUGAUAAACCUAAUAGUGUAAAAGAUACCGUCGAGCCAGAUAUUUCAAAUGGCGAGAAGUACGACGAGGUUGAAGACCUCGGCGAUGAUGUCGCGGCAGGUCCAGUAAAUAACGACGAUGCAACGUGUAAGAAAGUCACGGAGGAAACUGUCCCAGCGGACGAUUCGACUGAAGAGAAAAAGAAUAUGGAGGAUGAGCUGAAGGAGCUCGAGAAUUUGGUCGAGGAGAAUUCGAUGAAUAGCAAGUAUGAAAUACAGGAAAACUCGACCUAUAUCCCGGAUAAUAGCUCCGUGGAUGCGGCGAGCGAGAUAUUGAAGGAGGUGUUCGAGCUCGCUGCCGCCGAAGUUCAGCAGCGUGAAGACAGCAUUAAUAAUAAGAUCUUGGAUGAGGUCGAAAUGGAGACGCUGGAGAACAUAUCGCGUGAGAUACGCAAGAGUGCCGACAUGCCGUCUUUGGAUCCGAUCAGCGUCAUGGAUAUAGACGACGACAAUGGCAUUACGCUGAACUAAUUGUGCCUGUGGCAAACGAUUACUAUUGUACAUUCUAUCCCGUUUUCAACCGACGAAUUUAUUUACGUCGUGUAUGCAAUGCGUACCUAAUUUACAAUUGCAGGGAAUUUAAGUUGAUUUGAAAGAAAAAUGAGACCGUAAACCGCUGAAUAUCUGAAUGGACGUAUAUUUUAUCGCAAACUCCUCACUAUGCUGAAGGUUUUCAAAGUAAAUUCGCACUUUAUUUUCCUUAGAUUAGACGGAGAAAGUUGAAGGGACUACAAUGAUCGCACAGUCCCGUAUCGCAGGACUUUUGUUACUAUAUG